AUGGCGGGCCUCGGCCGCUUCUCCCCGCGGCCCUACAGGGACCUCUGGGACCCCCCGCCGCCCAGCCGGGAGCGCGCGUCCUCGGCUCGGCCCGGCGGGCGUGGGCCCCGGUCCGAGCCGACCCUGUGCGCCUGGGCCAGGGCCCCGGGGGCGGGGAGCGAGGCGACGUCGCCCUGGCAGUCCCUGCCCCUGCGCUACUCGCCCACGCCGUGGCCUCGGAGGCGCUGCUACCCCGAGUCGCCGUGGGAAAGCCGCAGCCUGACCGACGUGGCCCGGAGGUCCCCGGACGGCGCCAGGAAGCAGCGGCCCCGCAGCCGGCGCCUGGGAAAUGUCUGGGGGGAGGCAGGGGCCGAGCCCCAGCGGCUGGGAGGCGGCAGGCCCAGUCUGAUCUGGCAGCCGUUGCAACACCACCAGCCUCAGCCCUGGCAGCACUACCUUGCGACCCAGGGAGACUCGCCCCCGCCGAGCCCUCGGGGAGCUUACACUCCCUCGAGUGGAACUGUUGGGGUAGAAAAGGUACAGAAUGGAAACCAGUGGGCAGUGCCGGUCCGUCGAGCUCUAGGUUGCUGGUCCCUUUCCUCAAUUCCCACAGAGAAGUCUUCUGUACUUUCCAAAGGGAGUACACAAUCAGCCUGUGUGUCCUCGCCGGAUAGGGACAGGAAUGAGCUGAUGGAGUCGCUAGCCAGCCAGCACUCCCAGCUGGAGGGCAGUUCAGGGCCGGUGUCCAGCCGGGAGCUUCAGAGCCAGCACACCCAGCUCCUCAAGAACAAGCUGGCAGAGGUGGUGAUCUCUUCCAGGGACCAGAAGAUUGUGGCCCUGGUGCUGGCCCGGCUCCAGAAGGCCCAGAAGAUGCGGGAGCUGCAGCAGCAGGCGGCUGUGGCCUGGGAGGAGCUGAAGCGCUCAGACCAGAAGGUCCAGAUGACCCUGGAGAGAGAGCGCAGGCUGCUGCUGCGGCACAGCCAACAUCAGUGGCAGCUGGAGAAAGAGCAGCCCAAGGCUCAUCAAUGCCAGGGGCAGCGUGUCCAGCGGGACAGCCAGGUGAAGAACAAGAUCCAGAAGGAGACCCCAUGCAAGAGGAAAUUGGAGAGCCAGGAGAACCAGUGCCACGGAAAGCCGGAGAGGACCCGUCCCCAGGCAGAGCACAGGAAGCAGUACCAGGUACAGCAGUUGAAGGAGCAGGAGAAGGUACAGGAGCACAACAGCCCACAGCUGCAGAAGAGGCCUGAGCAGGAUUGUCACAAGAGGUACCUGCGCACCAUGGAGUACCUGAAGAAGGCCCGGGAGACCAACCUUACCUCUAUGGUCAAUCACCAGGCCCGAAAGGUCCUGAUGGACUGCCAGGCCAAGGCCGAGGAGCUCCUCAGGAAACUGUCCCUGGAGCAGAGGUCCCAGCAGUCCCAUGAGACCCACCAGUGCCUGGUUAAGGAGCGUCACCGAGAGCUGAGGGAGAAGGCCCAGAAGGAGGACAAGCAGCUCCAGCAGGUCACAUGGCGUGCUGGAGAGUCAGAGGAGCAGAGGAAGAUACAUAAGAGGAUGCCGAUGGAGCUGGCCGACCAAAAGAUCCAGCAGGUCGGGACUAACGCCCACAAGAACAUCAAAGACAAGGCGAAGCACGUUGGGGAUCUCAACAUUCUGUGCGAAAAGAAUCAUCACAUCCUGAAGCUGAGAGCCGAGAAGGAGGAAAAAUGCCACAUUGAGGGCAUCAAGGAGGCCAUUAAGAAAAAGCUUCAGAGGAUGGAACAGGUCUCUCGGGAGAAAGCAGCAGCCCUCGAGGAUUUCCAGAAGGUCUCCAGGGCUUCUUCACAAAUGAAAGACAACACGAGAGCCCUUCACAAGAGCUCCUUUGAUCAGAUGGCAGGGGAGGCCCAGCUCCGUGACAGUCAGCAGAGAGGGAGCUACUGAGGGCCCAAGGACAAGCCCAUGUGGCGAGAAAGAGAUGUGGAAAUGUGAUUCAUUUUAUAAUCUGAUUAUAACUGAGCAUUGAUUAAAAAAGCAUAUAAAAUCGCUGCAAUUUUCUCUUAUGAACUAGUUUAUUGAUUCACUUGGGAUAGUUUAGAGGGUUGGGGAUAGGAAUUGGAGAAUUUUAAGAAAAUUACAUGGCAUCAUGAAUUUUUUAUUUGAAUAGGAAAUAUUCCCUUAGCUUUCUAGUAUUAUAAAAACACACCAGACACACCUUGGAGGAACCAGAAAAACCUACAGUGGGGAGGAUAGAGGCUUGUGUAAUGUUUUCAUAAGUCUUCUCCUCUCACGUAAGGUACAGAAGGGUGAACUACCAGUCACAAGAAAUCGCAGAGAUAAAAAGGUGGGAGGGUUCUGUGAACAAGUAGGUUUGAGAACCCUGCAUGGGACAUCCCCUUUGGGAUACACGUUAAGGUUUUAAAGGCUCUAAGAAGGCCCGCAGAAGAAGAAUUAUUUGUUUAACCUAGUGUUUUUUGCAAACUAUGGGACCCUUUUUUUCCCCCUCAGAUUAUUCCAUGGAAUUGGUGUUCUGCAGAAUGUGUUUUUGCCGCUGAUACUCUAUAGUUGCUCCCAGAUAGUGAACGGCUUUGGCCGAACCUGCCUGUAUGGAUACCAAGUGUUGAUAAUUCUAGCAUCUUGGCAUUACUGCUCAACCAAAGCUGUGCUGUCUUAGUCAUCUAGUGCUGUUGUAACAGAAAUACCACAAGUAGGUGGCCUUAACAAACAGAAGUUUAUUUUCUCACA